UUGCGGAAACCGGAAAGAGUAGAGAAAUGCACACCGACGCUUCUCGUCUGAGAAGCCGGGAAAAGAAGCUUUGCGAAAGAAGCCACUGCAUGGAAAAAUAAGCUCUCCAGUCUCUGGCAGACUUUGAAUUUCCCAGAGCUAAGAGCUUCUGUAAUGAUCUUUAAGUUGAAUGUAUCAUGGCGACAUCUCUCACAUCCUCGUCGCUUCAUUUGCACCCAACAGCAAAUUAUUGCUGUUUCAAACAACCUUCUUACAACAGUUCAUUCGCACCAAAACUACUCUUACGUAGACAUAUCCGAAAACUACUAUGAAUUAAUGAAACAGUGUCGCUCCAUUCCGGUUGCUCGGAAACUCCAUGCGCAACUCAUCAACUUGGGCUUGAUCUCUUCAACUUUUCUUCAGAAUCAUCUCAUGCAUAUGUACUCUAACUGUGGUUUGAUAGAUGAUGCUACCCGGGUGUUUCGAUUCAUGGAGUUUAGUAAUGUUUUUAGUCAUAAUACAUUGAUCAAUGGGUUGGCUGAUUCAGGUCGAAUUAAGGAAGCACGGAAGUUGUUUGAUGAAAUGCCUGAGAGAGAUGUUGUUUCUUGGAAUUCGAUUAUGUCGGGUUAUUUUCACAAUGGGAGGCCUGAUGAUACGCUUAAGGUUUUUGCGGAGAUGAUUACAAGCGGAAGUUGUGUUCCUGAUCAGUUUUGUUUCUCUUGUGUUAUGAAGGCUUGUGCUAGUCUUGGAUAUGUCAAGUUGGCUCCUCAAGUUCAUGGUUUCGUCGAGAAAUUUUACUUUGGACGGGAUAACUCUGCUGAUUCGUCGAUUAUUGAUAUGUAUAUUAAGUGUGGGGACUUGGGUUCGGCUGAGAAAGUGUUUUUGAGGAUACAGGAUCCAAAUCUCUUUUGUUGGAACAGUAUGGUUUAUGGUUACUCUAAAUUAUAUUGCAUUGAGAGAGCUAUGAAUUUGUUCAAUUUAAUGCCUAAACGCGACUCUGUUUCAUGGAGCACAAUGAUUUCGAUCUUGUCUCAAAAUAAGAAUAGUCUUGAAACUCUUAAUAUGUUUAUCGACAUGUGGGGUCAAGGUUUUAGACCAAAUUCGAUGACUUAUGCUAGUGUACUAAGUGCAUGUGCUAACCUUUAUGAUGUGAAUUGGGGUGCACAUCUGCAUGCCCGAAUUGUGCGAAUGGAACAUAAUAUUGAUCUUUAUGUGGGUUGUAGUCUGAUUGAUAUGUAUGGGAAAUGUGGAUACCUUCGAGCUGCAAGACAGGUAUUUGAUACCUUAACAGAAAAGAACGUGGUUGCUUGGACUUCUUUAAUUGGUGGCCUAGCCCAGUUUGGCCACCAAGAAGAAGCUGUAGCUUUAUUCAAACAGAUGAGGGAGGUUCCUGUUUCCUGUGACAAGUUCACUUUGGCCACGGUCAUUGGCGUUUGUUCUAGUUCAAAGGAUAUUUCUCUUGGGAGACAACUUCAUGGCGAUGCAACAAAGAUUGGGGCAGAUAUCUGUGUCACUGUAGGAAAUGCACUUGUUACAAUGUAUGCAAGAUGUGGAGACAUUGGGAGUGCAAGUCAUGCCUUCGAUAUGAUGCCUGUAAAGGAUAUCAUAUCGUGGACAGCAAUGGUCUCAGCGUUCUCUCAGAUUGGUAAAGUUGAAAAAGCUAGAGAAUAUUUUAAUAAGAUGCCGGAUCGGAAUGUCGUAACCUGGAAUUCAAUGUUAGCCACAUACAUACAACAUGGUUAUUUUGAAGAUGGUCUCAAUCUUUACAAUGUGAUGCGGCAGAAAGGUGUAAAACCGGAUUGGAUUACUUUUGCAAGUGCAAUUAGUGCUUGUGGGUAUUCAGCUGUACUGAAACUUGGCAACCAAAUUAUAGCUGUAGCUAAAAAAUCGGGUUUUGGUAUAGAUGUUUCAGUUAAAAAUAGUUCAUUAACUAUGUAUUCAAGAUGCGGACGAAUUGAAGAAGCAAGAAAAGUUUUUGAUUCUAUGAUUGUUAGGGAUAUGGUUUCUUGGAACAGCAUGAUGACUGGAUAUGCCCACAGCGGGCAGGGCAGGAAAGUUAUCGAUAUUUUCGAGAGUAUGCUGAAGAUGGGUAUAACUCCAGAUCCUAUUAGCUAUGUAUCUAUUCUAUCAGGUUGCAGUCAUUCAGGACUAUUACUCGAAGGAAAAUACUAUUUUAAUAUGAUGACCAAAAAUCAUGGUAUCUCUCCAACUAUUGAGCAUUUUGCAUGCAUGGUAGAUUUGCUUGGUCGGGCAGGUUUGCUGGAAGAGGCACAUAAUUUAAUUAUUGAUAUGCCAUUGGAGCCUAAUGCUGCUAUCUGGGGUGCCCUGCUUGGUGCUUGCCGGAUACAUGGUAACUCAGAAUUAGCAGAAAUUGCACUCAAAAAGCUGAUGGAGUUGGAUGCAGAGGACUCUGGCAGCUAUAUUCUUCUAUCAAAUAUAUAUUCAGAAGCUGGACAGUUAAAAGGUGUUUUAGAUGUGAGAAGGCUUAUGAGAGAAAAAGGAGUCAAGAAAAAUCCAGGUUGCAGCUGGAUUGAGGUUGAUAACAGAGUUCAUGUGUUUACUGUAGAUGAUACUAGUCACCCACAAAUCAAGGAAAUAUAUAUUAAGUUGGAGGAAAUCAUAAAGAAGGUAAAAGAUACGGGUAAAUAUACUAAUGAAAUCGAUCAUACUAGGCCUAUGACAUACCACAGUGAGAAGAUUGCUGUGGCUUACGGCUUGUUGACCUUGCCGUGUUGGAUGCCCAUCCAUGUAAUGAAGAAUCUACGAAUUUGUCGUGAUUGUCACUUGCUUAUGAAGUUAAUCUCUCUUGUAACAUCAAGGGAACUCAUUGUGCGGGAUGCAAACCGCUUCCACCAUUUUAAGGAUGGCACUUGUUCUUGUAAAGAUUACUGGUGAAUGGUAGCUAUGAGCAUCUUUUAGGCAACAGCAGCAGUGGGGACUCUAUUAAUAUGAUUUUUGGGGCCGGUGAGCAAGCGGUAAAAUCACACGCCUUAACCUGCCUCGCCUUCUCCAAUUAUUCAAUAUGUUCCAUCGUAGCAGCAGCCUCCACCAUUGAUUAAGAACUGGUGCACUCAGUCUCCAGAAGAGCUUGUACCGCCUCUUUGCUAUUUGCAGCUUUCGAUGUUUACACAUAUCACUCAUUUAUGGAUUGUGAUACUUGAAUGCAAGUCUCAUUGUUCAACCCACUGAUGCUGUUCCUUUAAUCAUAAUGUGGACUCGUUUUACCAGAGAUACGAUACAAUGGGCUGUUAACUGGAUUGAGCAAGUUCUUCAAUUCUCUUUGCUUUUAUUACUAAUAUUGAUUCUCCAGCAUCAGCGAGACUUCAUCCUUCUGCUCCAAAGUAAGAGACAUGAUCCCCAGAGACACCUUUAAGGAUUGUAAUUACGCAUGGGCCUGUUACUUAGCAGCAGCGGCUGAUUUACAAGGGACGGAUCUUAAAGGAUGAUCAAACCCUAGAUAGUUAUGCCUUAAUUGGGUUCUGUAGCUGGGUAAGUUCAUGUGAGACCCGACCAUGGCUCAGGUGAGGGGUUCCAAUAACCCUAAGUGGUUUGUUACAUUAUUAAUUCGAUUGAAUCUAGUAUUGAUCCCAAGUUUGUUGAAUUCGAGUUAUUUGAUUUAAUUUUAUUUGUCGUCGUUUUUUUAUAUUUUGAUAUUCAUCCAUUUUAUAUAUUGUGUUGUUCUGGUAUUGCUAAUUUUAUGGAUGUAGGAACUUUUUGCCUCACAAGGCCAUAUCCAUGGUGGUGAUGGAUAGGUCCAGAAAGGGUGGAGAAGAAGAGCUAUUUUUGGCGAUAAUUGUGCCUUAAUUAAGGAUACUAAUUAUUCUUAAUUAAGGUUUUAGUACCGUUUAUGGCGACCAUUUAUGGCGACCAUUAUUGGGGCAUUAUUGGCCCAUAAGAGGCAUUUAAGUGCCAUAAUGUUGGCUCGUUUAUGUCUUUUAUUUUAAUUUUAAAUUUGCUCACAUUCGUUCAUUCUGUUUUGUCUUAUUUUCAGGAUGUUUGAAAAAGCAUUUAAGAAUUUAUCUAUUAAGGCGUCUUCCGAGAAGACGCGAAUUUUGGUGGACAAGACAGUUGAGCUACAAACAAAGAUAGAAAGGAAUAAAGAAGACUUCAUUUUUAGUCUAUUUUGUAAUCGAUGUAUUUUUUUGUAGGGUACUCUUUUUCCCCCUUGAGUUUUUUUCCCACAGGGUUUUGCUCUUGAGGGGUUUUAACGAGGCCCUUUUUUUGUGGGUUUUCUCUUCGGACUUGAAAGGUUAUGUUAUCUAAGCGUCCGGAGUAUUUACAUACUUUCGGUUAGAUGAUAUACCUUCUUGGAUGAAGGAAACUCUGUCCAUCCGGAUUGUAAUUUUUUUCUUGGUUUAAUACAACCGUUUAUUGUGACAAAAAAAAAAAAAAAGACAA